UCUUUCAUCAUCAUCAUCAAGCCGAAUGAGAUAUUUUUAAUUGUCGAUAAACUAAAACGAACCGUUAGUUACUUUAGAAAACUGGACUGGUCAAGAUUCUGUGUUGAUUUUAAUAUCGGAAAGAGAGGAAACGAAAUUUACUAAUCAACAUGUGAUUUUGUUUUUUAAAUCAACAAUCGAAAAUCAUUCAAAAGUGUCAACAGUUAAAUUGCCAAAGAGUUAAAUUCGACAACAAUUAAGUUUCUUUUGAUUAGUUUUUGUUCAUUCGAUUUCUCCUCGAUCAUAAACUGACCACAAUAUGAGGAUUAGUGUUUUCCUGUGUCCAGUUUUAUUAAUCAUCUGUGUCCAUCUCAAUGGUGCAACUUUAUUCAGUUUAUUGGGCAAAAAAAAUUACAUCUUAGCCAAACCAAGGAUCAUAAUUAAGCCCAAAAUUUACAUUGGUACCCACCCGCUCUUGUUGGGCAAGAAAAAGGCCCUUGCCGCUAAAGCCGUCGCUGGACUGGGGGUGGUCGGUAUCCUAAAGAAGCUUAAACCUAAGAUUUCACUGCCCAAGAUUGAACUUCCUCGAUUUGGUUUACCUAAGAUCCCGUUAUCUUUUUCCGUUUCCUUGGACAAACCAAAUGAAUCAACUAACGAGGAUGAAGUUGAAGAUGCUGCUGAAGCUGCAGCUGAUGCGGUCAGAAAUGCAGCUCACGAUGAUGUUGACCACAUUGACCAUCAUUCCUUGACCUCAAAGAAACUUUCCUCUUCCAAAUAUUCAGAUUUAUCCUGGAUAAGUGACCCACCUGUUGGAUUUUCACCUUACGAUGAUGAAUUUUCAGUCGGUGAAUCGAAAGCACAUCGAAGUGACAAAUUAAAACAGCAACAAAAACAAUCAACUAAAUCAAAUCAACAAUCAUCGCCGUCAACCUCAUCAUCAUCGUCACAAUCAAGUGGCUCAUCUAAUUCAUAUCGUUCACGAGAUGGUAAAUAUUAUCCAGGUUCAAGUUACAAUUCAAAAUCAAAUAAUUAUCCAAUUAACCCUUUAUCCUCAUCUAAUUAUCAAGCUAAUGAUGAUGAGGAAGAUUUCAAGGCGAAAUUCAAGCCAAAAGAAAUUAGUAAAUCAUCAACUCGAAUCUCGAAUAACAAUAAUAAUAAACAAUUAAGACGACGACCUGUUAAAAGUGAUGAUGAUGACGAAGAUGAUGCCGAUGAUGAAAGAUAGUUAAGUUUAAUUGUCAACCAUUAAUUCAGUUAAUCAAAUCAUUUCCGUCUGAAUGAUAAUCCUCCCAAUAUCAUUUGUAGUUAUAAUAUAAAUUGUAAAAUAAUUUUCCCAACCAAUUGAAUGAAUUGUUCACUUUUUAAUUUUAUUUUUUAUUACCAAUCUAGUUAACAAUUAACUAAAUAAAUACAUUAUUUGAUUAUCAAUUAA